UGUUAUAAUAACAAUGCUAAUCUAGAUCUAGAUCAUUGAAAUAUAUUGUCUCUGCCAUUGACGAAGGAUCAUCUAACCAUAUCGAAAAGUUUAAAUUUAUCUGAUGAUAUUUUUGAAAUCCACAUUCUUUGCAGGAUAUUGCGAACACUUUCUGAGAUGAUCCCAUCAUAUUAAUGUCUGCAGUUUCUUCUGGCUUUAGGUAGAUUGAACACUUUUUGCAAAGGGUUCUUUUUAUAGAUGGUUCUCUGGAAAACGUUAUUUAACGUAAACACAAUUAAGUUGAAAAUAUGUACUUACUAAAAUGUGACAAAAAAUAAGUACUUACAUUUUUAGUACACUUUUUUUUGCAAUUGCUUUACAUUGUUGGCCGUAAUAGCUGGAUAAUGCAUUACAUCUUCGUGCCAUUAAUUGUGAUGCUUGAUAAAGGUAAUUUAUCCUGUUAAGUGUAUCUUUUCCAGGGCAUUUUUUCUGUUUUUUUAACAUCUUAUAUGUAUGUUUUGUCAGCGAAAACGAAAAAAUGGCAAUUAAAUUGACAUGAGUGCAGCCCAGCGAUACGGCACACACGCAUUUUUGUCAUAAAAUUUCUCUCACUUGAGGCACUGUAGUCAUUUAGGAGUUUCCAGGGGUAUCAUGAUAGCGAGAUUAUUUACUUUUACAUAUGCAAUAUCUUUUUUUGGGAAUUUUUUCACUAAUGUAACUGUAAUGUUUUGUUGGUAUAUUAAUUUAAUAUAAAGUCCUCAAUUUUAUAAUCACAAUACAUAUGUUUAUACAAUUUGGAAAUAAUUCUUCUUUUUUUUGUUCCAACUAAGUUCGACCCUGGUAUGCAUUUGACGUAACAUUAUGCAGUAUAGGUUAUAAUUAUAAGAUCCCAAAAAAAUUGUCGAAAAAUGAAAUUUAGUAAUAUUUUAUAUCAUCAGCAUAUUGGCCGUAUGGUAAAGCGACAUUGGCUUACAAGUUCCAAGAAAAUUCUAAAUAAUGGUGAAAUUGAAGAAGUGGCGAAACAAUUAGAAAUUCUUAAUUCCAACAUCGUGGAUGCUAAUGCUGUCUUUUCGGGAAAAAAUAAUAUAACACAGGAGCCGCAUAAAAAACGCGUCCCAGGAGAAAUUUAUUAUCAGGGUAAUCAUCAAAUUUACUCAUAUAGUACGGAUUCUCUAUUGAUUGAGGGAGUAAGGCAGGCCCAAGUGCUGACUAAUACUAUUGUUUUGGGCAAUUUACCUUCAAGAUAUGUAAAAUUUCUUGAUAAUUUAAAAAUACCAGACACAAUACAUGAAGAUGUCAUGAGAAGUAUCUUCUCAGCCCAUUUAUUUGAUGCGGAGCAGAAGAAAACUAAAAAACUUCAUGAUCAAUUCAGACCAGCUUUUAACUUUCCUCGAGUUUACGGAAUCACUGAAGAAAGAAAAAACUUGCUUAUCCUCGAUAAAUUAAUUAGACACUCGGAAAGGCUGAUGAAGAACAAAGCAAAUACUAAUUUACAAAAAAGGGUUCUUAAUGAUGCUUUGGUAAAAGUAACUUUUGAGAAAGAUGGAAAUGAAAUUAGGAUGGAUUUGUUGGCAAAUCAGCUAAUUUCUUCUACAAAACCAAUAGAAAAAGUGGAGGAAUGUUUUCAGAAAAACCCUGAAGCGCUGCCUGAUCUUUUUCCACUGAAACAUACAAGCUCCUUAAAGAUUGGUUCUAAUGAAGAAUGGGAGGAUUUGUAUCCUAUUAAUUCAGGAAAUCCUUUUCCUCACCCUCAUACUGUGUUUACAACUUUUUCGUCGAAUACCAAGACUCGUUAUGAGUUGCCUGCUAAUAAAAGUCAAAUUAAAUCUAGGAGCCUUCUUUAUGCUUUUGCCAUAGCCGCUGCAAAGGCGAAACAACAAUUUGGGAGCGGUGUUAAGAGGCUGCCUUAUCCAAUUGUGGUCCAGGCAAUUCAAUCAAAUGGCCAAUCUUAUCAUUUUUCUGUUUUUCAACUCAAUUCUUUGGAUCUUAGUGAGCAGGAAGAACAGAAAAAUGUGUGGUAUGAAAUGGAGAUGGAAGACCUAUACACACACUGUUUAUAUAUAGAUGGAAAGCCUCACCUUGAGAACUACAACCCAGCUAUUAUAUCCAAAUUUUUCACUUUCUAUAUCCAGUAGUAAAUAAUGGAUAUAUAUAUAUAUAUAUAUAUAU